AAACACACACAGAGAGAGAGACAGAGAGAGAGGGGGAGAAACAGAGAGAGAGAGUGAGAGGGGGAGAAACAGUGAGAGAGAGAGAGAGAGAGAGAGAGAGAGAAGAAGGAAAGGAGCGCGAUGAGUUUUUUCGGCUUUGGUCAGAGUGCGGACAUUGAGAUUCUGCUGAACGAUGGCGCGACACGGAGAAAACCUGAGCUCGAGCUCGAAGAAAGUAAAAGGGAGAAAUGCAGCAUCUUCUACGAUGGCGGGACGGUCAGCGGUACCGUGCAGGUCACACUGAAACACCCGGGGAAGAGACUCGAGCAUUACGGCAUCAAGAUCCAGUUCCUCGGCCAGAUCGAGCUGUAUUAUGACAGAGGAGACCACCAUGAGUUUGUCUCGCUGGUUAAGGAUCUGGCCCCACCUGGAGAACUGUCCACCUCCCAGUCCUUCCACUUCGAGUUUUCUCAUGUGGAGAAACCAUACGAGUCCUACACAAGCCAGAACGUGAAACUAAGGUACUUCCUCCGUGCGACCAUAAGCCGCAGACUGAACGACAUCACCAAGGAAACGGACAUCCUAGUGCACACGCUUUGCACGUAUCCCGAGUUAAACACCUCUAUCAAGAUGGAGGUCGGCAUCGAAGACUGUCUGCAUAUCGAGUUUGAGUACAACAAAUCCAAAUAUCACUUGAAAGACGUGAUCGUGGGGAAGAUCUACUUCCUCCUGGUGCGGAUAAAAAUAAAGCACAUGGAGGUGAAUAUCAUCAAGCGAGAGACGACAGGCACGGGGCCCAGCGUGUAUCACGGAAACGAAACCAUCGCCAAAUACGAGAUAAUGGACGGAGCGCCGGUGAAAGGCGAAUCCAUCCCCAUCCGGUUAUUUCUCGCUGGCUACGAGCUGACACCCACCAUGAGAGACAUCAAUAAGAAGUUUUCCGUGCGAUAUUACCUGAACCUAGUCCUGAUCGACGAGGAGGAGAGACGCUACUUCAAACAGCAGGAAAUCACGCUGUGGAGGAAAGGAGACAUCGUAAGGAGGAGUAUGUCCCAACAGGCCAGUAUAGCUGCUCAGAGAUUCGAGGGAUCAAAAGACAAAAGAGCUUCCGUCAAAGAGGACAACAGUUAAUUGGAAGCUAUAUAUAUGUAUAUAGUAUCUUACAAAAGUGAGUACACCCCUCACCCCCUCAGCAACCAUUUUAGUAUUUUCUCAAGGGACAAGACUGUAGAAAUGAUAGUUAGAUAUAUUUUAGAGUAGUCAGUGUGCAGCUUGUAUAGCAGUAUAGAUUUACUGUAAUCUAAAAAUAACUCAACAUACAGCCAUUAUUGUCUAAAUAACUGACAACAAAGGUGAUUACACUCUAAGUGAACAUGUGGAAACUGUGUUCAAAGUGUCUAUAUUUUGUGUGAGCACCACUGUUCUCCAGCACUGCCUUAAUCCUCCUGGGCAUGAAAUUCACCAGAGCUGCACAGGUUGUUGCUGGGAUCCUCUUCCACUCCUCCAUAAUGACAUCACAGACCUGCUGGAUGUUAGAUACAUGCCGCUUCUCUACUUUCCUCUUGAGGAUGCUCCACAGGUGCUCAAUAGUGUUCAGGUCUGAAAACAUACUUGUCCACUCCAUCACCUUCAACUUCCUCAGCAAGGCAGUUGUUAUCUUGGCGGUGUGUUUGAGGUCUUUAUUAUGUUGGAAAACUACUGUUCGGGCCAAGAUUCUGAAGAGAGGGCAUCAUGUUCUGCUUCAGAAUGUCACAGUACAUGUUGGAAUCCAUGUUUCCCUCAAUUUACAUUUACAUUUGUGGCAUUUAGCAAACGCCCUUAUUCAGAGCGACGUACAAAAUGCUUA